AUGGACUGCUCUACUCCACCACCGAAUUUUAGGCGGGAUCCGGCGGACGUUCAGACUAGUGUAGCUGCGAGUGUCGACACUACGGCUUUCUCCUCAGGCGAUAAUCCGGUACGUCUUACUGCGUCUAUGGAGAAUCUCUCCAUUACUCUCGCAGCAUCCCAAGUUUCCUCGACCUGCGCCGCCACUCCGGGUGAAGUCGACGUUGUGUCUUCUUGUUCUAGCGGUAGUUCCCCGCCACCAACGAAGCAAAUUAAGCGCACUUUCUGUAGUGGUUUUCCGACACCUUCAGGUUCCUUCCCGUCGCCUCCACCGGGUCCGUCCAAGCCGUGGGCAGUCGCGUCUCUCAGUCAUGACGAUAGCAGUUGGGCCAGUCUCUCAGAAGCAUCAUUAGCAUUCGGUACCUCAUCGCAAUCACUUUGUAACGACCCUUCUUCCUCUAAAGGUUAUGGUAGGGAACGGGGUCGUGGUCCUGAGAGGCGCCUGGCGCAACGUGAGCAGUCCCCAGUUCGCGACGAAGAGUUCAUACCCCGACCAGUACGCAUACCGAGCGAGAUACCGAUCGGCUUCCACCAUUAUUUGAAGCAUUUGCAUCCAUGGGCGAAGUUCGUUAACCCGCGUCCCGUCCGUGUUCUCCGUAGCCCCCAUCUACGGGUAGGUAUCCGGAUGCGGGCGGAAAUUUAUCCGCACCCUCCUCCUUCCGGCUACCUUAAGCUGAGUUUUCCCCGGACGCUGUUCCCCUUAGUCCCGAUACCGGAGGACGGAGUUUCCCCCGCAAUUUCCUUGAUAGAACUGCAGCAUUUAGAGGACAAAAUCGCGUUUCGCCAGCGUUCCUUCCACAUUAUCCAGGAAGUGUUAGCGGGUUCACAUUCAGAUGUUGACGUCGGAUCGGUAGAGAAGACUCCUUCGGGUCGUCACGAUACUGUGACUCUACCACCUAUUGUUGAUCGUAUUAGACCCGUCCUCUACCAAGUAGUUUCAACAGGAUGGGGUUCCGGCGUUAUCCUCGAACCUAAGGACUUUUUCACCGUAGGGCCCGAUCGUCGCGAUUUGCAUUGCAUAAUUCUCGAUCAGCAUGCCAUCAAUGUUGUUAGCUCAUGUGGGGGAUUUGAUAAGUCUAUGGUUUCAGUUAAGGAUUAUGUGUGGGUCUAUGACGUGAAACCCAGUCGCCAGGCGCUCGGCAACCCUAGCGCUGUUUUAGCACAGUCCCGCAUCCCUCGUACGACGGCACUCGAGAAUAACUCAGCUUACUUCUUCAGAGCAGCUCGUUUCGUGUUUGCGUCUCCCGAUACCCUACAGGAGCCUGUCUACGGACUUGUUCUAGGUCUCGUCCGCCGCAGGAAUCGUGUGACCCACCUUCGGGCAGUAUUCGAAGGCGCGCCGGAUGCAGUUUCCCUCACGCCCACUGUUUGCGAUUUCCGUCUCGAUGAAGCUCUUGAAGUCUCUUACGUCAAUUGGCGAAUCAAGUUUCACUAA